GAGGGGGCGAGCCGCUCUCCGCCGCGCGAGCCGCGGCCCCGCCCACCGCCCGCCGAGCUCCGCCAGGGCGCGCGGGCUGCCAGGCCCCGCCCGCCCGUCCGUCGCCGUGCCGCGCGGCGGGUGCGGCUGACUCACCAAUAACGUCCGGCUGCCUCGCCCCACUUCCGGGGGCUGGCUUGUCGGAUCGUGGGGGUGGAGCAAGAUGGCGGCAGUAACAGCGCUACCGGUCUCCCUCUCGGGCAGGUUUAAGGGAUCCUUUGCAUAUUUUACAAUAAAAGACAGACUGCCUCAGAUCCUCACAAGAGUUAUUGAUACUCUGCAUCGACAUAAAAAUGAAUUUUUUGAAGAACACGGUGAGAAAGGUGUUGAAGCAGAGAAGAGAGCUAUAUCUUUCCUCUCCAAACUGCGUAAUGAACUGCAAACAGACAAACCAGUGACCCCUUUAGAAGAUGAGCUACCUGAUGCUGCAUUGUGGAACCAGUAUCUAGACUACCAACGAAAUUUAUCAAAUGGAAAUGGAGAACCAAGUUGGUUUCAGUCCCCUUGGUUGUAUGUAGAGUGUUACAUGUAUCGAAGAAUUCAUGCAGCGUUAGCACACAACCCACCUAUUGACAGCUUUGAUGUAUUUAAAGAAGGAAAGGCUCAAAAUUUCUUUGAAUCCCAAGAGGCUGUUAUUGCCCUGUGCACAUACUUUCAGGAACUUCUUAAAAACAUCAAGGAUCUAGAUGAAAGGCAACUUCAGGAGGAACUUUUUAAGCUACUGCAGGUAUCCUUGUGGGGCAAUAAGUGUGACCUUUCUUUUUCAGCUGGUGAAAACAGAUCUCAGAAGUCCAGUCCUUUACAAUCCCUGGAAGACAUGAUACCUCACAUCUUAGUGAAUGAUAUGGAAAAAAUUUGGUCGCUACUUAUAAAUGCCAAAAAAACAAAUACAGAAAAAAGUAAUGUUAGGGUUGACGUGAUCCUGGAUAAUGCCGGGUUUGAACUUGUCAGUGAUCUUGUGUUGGCUGAUUUCCUGUUACUGUCAAAGCUAGUGGAUGAAGUCCAUUUUCAUGGAAAAAGUAUUCCGUGGUAUGUGUCAGAUACCACAAAGCAUGAUUUUAACUGGACGAUUAAACAACUGCAGUCAGCUAAUCAUAUGUGGAUGUCUAGAUGUGGGAUAAACUGGGAGGGCAAUUUGAAAAAGGGAGUUUGGGUUUACCAUGAUCACAUGUUUUGGACUUUACCACAUGACUUUUCCAGUAUGGCUGAAGUUGCUCCUGACUUAUAUGCUGAUCUACAGAAGUCAAACUUGCUUCUUUUCAAAGGUGAUCUAAACUAUAGAAAAUUAACAGGAGAUAGAAAAUGGGAAUAUAGUGUUCCAUUUCAUCAAGCCUUGAACAAGUUUCAUCCUGCUCCUCUUUGUAGUUUGAGAACACUCAAAUCUGACACUCAGGUUGGCCUAAAACCUGGACAAGGUGAACAACUUCAGGCUUCUGAACCUGAGUGGAUGGUGAGUGGAAAAUACGGGAUUGUUCAGUUUGAUGCUGCUUUCUAGUCAAAUGGUUCCUAAUAUUCUGAAAGGGAGACUCAGUCUGUCCAAGAUUCUUUUUUCUUUGCACUUUUUCCUCCCAAGUGAUUUGUUUGUUUUGUUCCACAAAAAAAAUUAAAUUUUGUGCAAAGGUUUGUGAACUGUAUGCCUAAAUCAGUUUGCAUUUCAGUAUAUUUUGUUUUUCUAAUAUCCAUCAGAUGUUUAAGAUGAACAUUUAGUUGUACAUGAUUUUU